AUGUUUCUCUACCAACUAUUCAACUUUUUCUUUGUAGCGUCCAAAGAAGAGGAGGACUCCAAAUAUGAUCUGUCUCAGUACAAGCGUGGUGACCUUUUGGAAGUACCCAGGACGUUAUUCACCCACUUUGGCAUUUACUUGGGCGACAAUCGGGUGGCUCAUCUCAUUCCGGACAUCCUCCCUGUGAUCUCCAAGAAUAAAUCUGCAAUCGCCAAGAUGGUGACAAAUAACCGUCUGCUUCUAGGGGUUAUCACUAAGGUUGCCAGUGUGAGAGUGGACUCCGUGGCAGAUUUUGCUUAUGGCUCAGAGAUUCUGAUCAACAACAUGGAUAAGGUGUGCAGCCAGCCCCCCUUGGAUGGGGACGAGGUGGCUAGAAGAGCUGAGAAACUCCUGGGAUCUGUCACCUACAGUCUACUGUGGUACAACUGUGAACACUAUGUCAUGUACUGCAGAUACGGCAUGGCUAUCAGCUACCAGACAUACCAGUUCUGCACAACAGUACGGAAGAUUGUGUUCAGCAGGAUGAGCACCUAUUUGACCGCCCUGUGUGGUAUAGGGACCAUGCUGUAUCUGGGAUCAGUGACGCUGAUGAUGGCUUUACCAACCCUGCUCAUUUCAUUCACCAUCUGGAUGGCAGCCUAA